GAUGCAAGCUGUGAUUAUUUCGUCUGGAAUGCAAGUGGCGAAGGCGACUUCACGAGAAUGUUUGCUUCGCAGAAACUUGUGGGUGUUUUGAGAGGUGUGCGUGGCAGUGCACUUGCAGUUCCGGGAAAGGAUUUCCGGUUUCAGCUGAACGCGCAGCCUUUGUGCCCAGACGAAGCUUUCCUGAUGAAAGCGACCGCAGCCAGUGUAGAGGAGGCAGCCUCCGCGUGCCACCAGAUGGACCGCUGCACUUUUUUUGGCUUCUUUGCGUUCACGGCCAAGCGCACAGUCGAGAACCGCGUUGCUUAUUUCUGCUCUGCGGAAGUGGUGGAGACAGUUGGUCCACUUCCUGGCUGGGUCACGGGUGUCAAGAGUCGACUGCUCAUGGCGCCCGAGACGAAAACUAAUGCGCUGACUCAAUGGAAUGGACCCAUACUGUCGUAG